AUGACCAAACCUCGCCGCCACAACCACCGCCGCCUCCUCCUAUUAUACCUCUCCCUAGCUCUGAUCGCAGCCGUCGUGAAACUCGCCGCCUCCGUUGAUUUCGUCUUCAACGGCUUCGGCCACUCCGAUGUCUCCCUCUACGGCAACGCUACCCUCGACUCCCGCAUUCUCACCCUCACCACCGACCACACUUUCUCCAUCGGCCGCGCCCUCUACCCCGCCAGAGUCCCCGCCCGGCACUUCAAUUCCUCCGCCGCACUCCCCUUCUCGACCUCAUUCAUCUUCGCCAUGGCGCCGUACAGGGGCCGCCUCCCGGGCCACGGCAUCGUCUUCCUCUUCACGCCGCGCGUGGGGAUACAGGGCGCCAGCUCCGCCCAACAUUUGGGGCUUUUUAAUUUCACCAACAAUGGAAGCCCUAGCAAUCGCGUCUUCGGGGUCGAGUUCGACGUUUUCGCGAACGAGGAGUUCGGCGAUAUUAACGCUAACCAUGUCGGGAUCGAUGUGAACUCGCUGGUCUCGGUCAACGCAUCCGGAGCCGGAUACUGGCCGGACGGCGGCCGCCUUCCGUUCAGGGAGUUGGCUCUGAACAACGGGAGGAAUUAUCAAGUGUGGAUUGAUUACGCCGAUGGUACUGUGAAUGUGACCAUGGCGCCGGCGGGGACAAAUAAACCUAAUCGGCCUUUGCUCAGUUUUCCUCUCAAUCUUUCCGAUAUUUUUGAAGAUGAAAUGUAUGUGGGGUUUACUGCCGCCACUGGGGCUUUGAUUGAGAGUCACAAGAUUCUAGCAUGGAGCUUUAGCAACACAAAUUUCUCCCUUAGCGAGAGUCUAAUCACUAGGGGCUUGCCGAAUUUCGAGCUCCCAAAGACUCCAGUCCGCAAAACUAGCGGUUUCAUUGCAGGUUUGAUAUUGGGGGUUUUGUUUUUCAUCAUUGUUUGUAGCAUUAUAGCUGUCUUACUGAUCAGAAAGAACAGAAGAAUACGAAAAAAGAGGGCAGAAAUCGAGGAUUGGGAGCUCGAAUACUGGCCCCACCGAAUCACAUACCAAGAAAUAGAGUCGGCCACUAAGAACUUCUCCGAACAAAACGUGAUUGGUAUUGGUGGGAAUGGAAAAGUGUACAGAGGGACAUUACCCGGAGGCUCAGAGGUUGCUGUGAAAUGCAUUUCUCACGAAAAUAGUGAAGGCAUAAGAGCAUUCUUAGCUGAAAUAUCGAGCCUCGGGAGAUUAAAGCACCGUAAUUUAGUCGGGCUGAGAGGCUGGUGCAAAAAGGAAAAGGGCAGCCUCAUUUUAGUCUACGACUACAUGGAAAACGGGAGUCUCGACAAGAGGAUUUUCAAAUCAUAUGAGGAAACAAAGUUGUUGAGUUUCGAUGACCGAAUUAGAAUCCUUAAGCAAGUGGCUGCGGGAAUUUUGUAUUUGCACUACGGGUGGGAGUCGAAGGUUCUCCAUAGAGACAUCAAGGCUAGUAAUGUGCUUUUGGAUAAGGAUAUGAAUGCAAGGCUUGGGGAUUUCGGGCUUGCCCGUAUGCACGACCACGAUAAGGUAGCUGGGACUACACGUGUGGUGGGUACAGUCGGGUAUUUGGCCCCAGAGGUCGUGAGGAACGGGCGGGCCUCGACCCAAACUGACGUUUUUGGAUAUGGGGUCUUGAUUUUGGAAGUCAUUUGCGGAAGGAGGCCUAUUCAGGAAGGUGGGCCCCCGUUGUUGGAUUGGGCUUGGGAUCUUUUUGCAAAAGGGGAGCUGGUUAGUGGGGUUGACCCAAGGUUGAGGGGUGAAGGAGGGCUGGAUGAAGUGGAAGUGGAGAAGAUUCUGCAUUUGGGCCUGUUGUGCGCGCACCCGGAUCCCAAGGCCCGGCCCACGAUGAGACAGGUGGUGAAGCUGCUUGAAGGGAGUAGUGAGGUGGAUGAGGAGAGGGAUGGGGACGAUGACAUGGAUUUGUAUUUGCUGGAAAAGAUGAAGAGUAGGGAGAUUCGGUCCGUGUACCCUCGGAUUUAUGGCAGUGAUUCGAGUUCGCACCCGACGUUUGAUGAGAUCAGACGAGGGUUGUCGAAUUCGAUGUCGUUGUCUUGGACUGAUACGAUUGUGGACGGUAGAUGA